GAUGAUGAUGAUGAUGAUGAUGAUGAUGAUGAUAAUGAUGAUGAUGAUGAUGAUGAUGAUUAAAGGAACGUAAAACCCAUAACUUACUAUACCCUUUUUUCCCCUCUCCCCACAGGCUCACCAAACCCCUGUCAACUCCACUCUACCGUCGCUUGUGACUAACUCCACUAUACAGAACUCACGUGACCCACCACGCUGUACAGAACUCACGUGACCCACCACGCCGUACAGAACUCACGUGACACACCACGCUGUACACAACUCACGUGACACACCACGCUGUACAAAACUCACGUGACACACCCCGGUAUACAGAACUCACGUGACACACCACGCCGUACAUAACUCACGUGACCCACCACGCCGAACAGAACUCACGUGACCUACCACGCCGUGCAAAAUCACGUGACACACCACGCUGUACAGAAAUCGCGUGACACACCACGCUGUACAGAACUCACACGAGGUGCUCAGAGGUCGAGUCGUGCACGGGACAAACACUCCACCGCUCUGACACACUGACGCACACACACAGAGAUGAAAUGUGCGUGAAUAAAACACAAGUGAAUGUUUUUUCUACCCUGUGUCGGAUCGGAGACUUUUCCCCAAGAUUUGGUUUGUCCACAUACAAGGAGAUUCGAAGCACCUGUCCCUACCUAUGCUAGCUUUGCUUAGCGGGGAAGGAGACCAUGGAGCAAAAAGUGUUGAUACAUAGACGUAAAGUUCAGAUUUUGUCUCCCAAGAAUCGCAGAAUGAUUGAAGAGAAUACACACGCAAGAAGGGAACAAACAUGAGACAACUACUCUGGCCAACAUUUCUCCAAGAAGAGCGUUCUGUGCACAGCUGGGCGUGGCACAUAAAAUAGCUCUGUGAUAGACAGCAAUGUCCGCUCUGGCUAUUGGCUCGAAAAACUAAUACAUGAGUUGUCUGUUAUCAUUUAUCACAAGUAAUAAAUAAGUUGUCUGUUAUCAUUUGUCACGAGUAAUAAAUAAGUUCUCUGUUAUCAUUUGUCACAAGUGAUAAAUAAAUUGUCUGUUAUAAUUUACAGCAAGUAAUAAAUAAGUUGUUUAUAAUCAUUUAUCACAAAAUAUAAAUAAUUCACCCCCCCCCCCCUUGUGUCUGUGAAGAAGAAGGCGUGUCUGUAAUGGCGACCACUAGGGUACCCCCCACAAUGUCCGACUGCCCCCUGGGGUCCUGUCUCUCCGACCUCCCCACGCGACCUCUGAACCUGAGCGGGGGGUCCGUGACCUCUAGCACCAUGCUCCAGGACCUGUUCAACACCACCCUCCAGCCGCCCACCGAUAACGUGACGUUGGGGAACGAGACAAGCCAGACGUCCAAUCUCCUCUCGGAGGAAGCCCAGGCCAGUCUGAUCGUCCUCUACUCUCUCACCAUCAUCUUCUCCGUCGUCGGAAACAUCCUCGUGGUUAUCGUCUUCGUCAAAGGUCGGAGGUCACGCACAGACAUCCGACCGUUCCUUAUCAAUCUGGCAAUCGCUGACCUCAUCAUGGCUCUCUUCUGCAUGCCCUUCACCUUCACCAACGUGAUGAUUCGAACCUGGGUCUUCUCCAAACCCAUGUGCCCCAUCGUGCUGUUCAUGCAGCACCUGUCUGUGUCCGCCAGUGUCUUCACCAAUAUGGCUAUCGGAAUUGACCGCUUCCUCGUGGUCACCUUCCCCCUGCGCGCGCGCAUGACCACCCAGCGCGCCAAAUACACCAUCUGCGUCAUCUGGCUGUGCUCUGUGGGCCUGUCGUCUGUCCAGCUGGUGGUGGGGCGUGCCACUGACCACGGUGACGUCAUCGACUGUAACGAGGUGUGGGGCAGUCCGGACGCCCGCCGCACCUUCACGAUGUUCGUCCUGUUUAUCACCUACAUCAUCCCUCUGGUCAUCCUCGCGGUCACCUACUCCAUUGUCUCCAUCUUGUUGUGGAAGCGCACGGCGCCGGGGAACGCUCACGAGGGAAGGGAUAUGCACCAGCUCCGGGCCAAGAGAAAAGUGA